UCCCAGCACGAGACUGCGCGUGGAGUGUAAAAAUGCUUAAAGAAACUUCCACUAAUCAUGGAGCUAUAAAUACAAACUACUUGGGGACACAACUAGAGCAUCAACUACAUUGAUACAGAUUCCAUCUCAAAUUCGGUCUUAUCCUCUUCCUCCUCCUCCUCCUCCUCCUCAUUUAUCUUCAUCAUCAAAUUAAACUCUCUCUUUCUCUUUCAUCUACUCUCUCUUAACUUCUGUAAGAGGACAAUAGAAAAAUGUGUGCCUUAACACCAAUAUUUCCAAUUAGUAAGCAGCAAGCAUGGUACUCUCCUUCAACAAUGGAGUAUCCAUGGCUGCAGUCUGAAGUUGAUUCCUUCGCUCCUACUCAUCUCCAAUAUCUUCCUUCUGUCCUUUAUCCUUCUUUUACCCAAUCAGAUGAAUCCAAGAACUAUAACAUCAAUACGAGUCUUAGUCACAGCAAUGGUACUAAUACUAUUAGUAACAAUGAUCAAGAAGAAGAUAAAGGAACAGUUUUGGAGAAGAAACUGAAUCACAACGCAAACGAACGAGGCCGCCGUAGAAAGCUUAACGCCUUGUACACUUCACUUCGUGACCUCUUGCCUCCGGCUGAUCAAAAGAGGAAGCUGAGCAUUCCAAUGACGGUAGCGAGAGUGGUGAAGUACAUACCAGAGCAGAAGCAUGAACUUCAACGUUUGUCUCGGAGAAAAGAAGAGCUUUUGAAGAGAAUCUCGAGAAAAACUAACCAAGAACGGCUCAGAAACAAAGCAACGAUGGACUCAAUAGAUUCUUGUUCCUCCCAACAAAUAUCAGCAAACUGGCUCACUGACACAGAGAUUGCUGUCCAGAUCGCUACAUCGAAAUAUACAUCUAUCUCUGACAUGUUGCUUACGUUACAAGAAAACGGGCUUAAUGUCAUAAGCAUCUCUUCCUCAGUUUCUUCCACCGCAAGGAUCUUUUACACUCUGCAUCUUCAGAUGAUAGGAGAUUGCAAAGUGAGACUGGAGGAACUCAUCAAUGGUAUGCUUUUGGGAUUACGCCAAUCAUAAUGAGAGAAUGAAGAUUUUCUAAGAGGGAAUCAUAUCUUUGUUAGUUAAUGUUAGACGACUUUCUCAGAUUUUAAUAUUGUAUCCUUCUAGUAGUUCUG